AUGACAAUUGGUAUACCAGCGUAUGCGUUGGACGGAGAUAACGUCCGUCAUGGCUUGUGUAAGAAUUUGGGAUUCACGAAGGAGGAACGAACCGAGAACAUUCGACGAGUCGGUGAAGUGGCGAAGUUAUUCGCUGAUAUGGGAGUGGUGGCGUUGGCAUCGUUCAUUAGUCCGUUCAAGUGUGAUCGAGAUAACGUGAGAGUGAUUCAUACGGAGGAUGAAUUACCAUUCUUUGAAGUAUUCGUCAACGCAUCUCUAGAAUGCUGCGAAUCUCGUGAUCCAAAAAAAUUGUACAAACGAGCAAGAGCUGGUGAAUUGACCGGUUUUACCGGCAUUGACAGUGCUUAUGAGGCACCUGAAGAUCCGGANGAGCAAGAGCUGGCACCUGAAGAUCCGGACCUGAUAUUGGACGCUGAAACUCUGACUGAAGGGCAGUGUGUUCGUAAAUUAAUCGAAUUCCUCUAUGAAAAGGGCAUAAUACCUGAGCGAGCAAUGCAACAGCUUUGUGGAAAUUGCGUUCGAGAGUUGUUUGUUGAUGACACUGCGAAAAUGGAACUCAAGAAACGGAUACCGCAAAUGCCUAGAAUUGACCUAACACGUAUUGAUUUGCAAUGGCUUCAGGUUUUAGUCGAAGGUUGGGCCACUCCUUUGUCAGGAUUCAUGCGUGAACGACAGUAUCUGCAGUGUUUACAUCAUGGCCAGAUAUUUGACUUGGAACGUAAUUGUACCGUGCCGGGAUCGUCUCAGUCUAGCGACGCGAGUGACGAUAAAUAUCGAUUGACCGAACCUCUGAAUCAAUCAAUACCAAUCGUUUUAGCUAUCAGUGAUCAGCAGAAAAGUUCCAUUACAAAA